AUAUAUACGUAUGCCUGUAACUCAGUUUAAACCUCUGGGGUUUAAGCUCGAGUCCACAAGGGAUUUCUUCUUUAAGGCUCCAGCCAAGGGAGGAAAUGGAAUCAGAAGGCCAGCCUUCACGAGGUGACUGCUUUGGAAGCAAUGACACAGAGAGGAAGGUGGCCCAGCUGAGGGCCAUAGUGGAGGAACAAGACCCUGCUGCCAAGGAGUUGGACAAUUUAACUCUCAGAAGGUUUUUACUAGCACGCGAUCUUGAUGUCAGGAAGGCUUCCACCUUCCUCCUGAAACACCUGAAAUGGAGGCAAUCGAUGGUUCCAAAUGGUUUCAUCUUAGAAGCAGAGAUCCAAUAUGAGCUUUCCCAGAAGAAGGCAUUUGCUCAGGGAUUCGACAAGAUGGGGCGCCCUAUAGCAGUUAUCAUUAAUGCUAGACAUAAUGCCUCUAAAAGAAAUAUGCAUGAGUUUAAGCGUUUUGUUGUGUAUGUUAUGGACAAGCUAUGUGCAAGGAUGGCAGGAGGUCAGGAGAAGUUCUGCAUCAUUGGAGAUUUUCAGGGCUUUGGAUUCUCGAAUUGCGACAUUCAGGGGUUCUUUGCAGCUCUAGAAAUCUUUCAGAACAACUACCCAGAAAGGCUUGGCAAGGCGCUUAUGAUCCAUGUGCCAUAUAUAUUCAUGAAGGCAUGGAAGAUAAUAUACCCAUUUAUUGACAGCAAUACCAAAAAUAAGUAUGUUUUUGUUGAUGAGAAGAAUACGAAGGACAAACUGCUGGAAGAGAUCCACGAGAGCCAGCUUCCAGAGAUAUAUGGUGGGAAGCUGCCACUGAUUCCCAUCGAACAGUCCAUCUAGUUUACUUAUUCCCUGUAGUUGGUCUCCAAUUCUAGAUGAAAUGUAGCAAAUAAAAGAGUUUUCUUGUAUCAAAAGCUUUAGUUUAUGCUCUUAAGAUGUUGGCUCAUGCAUAUAGAAGUAAUGAAAUAUGAAGAAGAUUCUACA